UCUCUAACACCUUCGUCCUCUCUAUCCGCCCUUCUUCUUCUCUAUCCGCCCUUCUUCCUCUCUAUCCGCCCUUCUUCCUCUCUAUCCGCCCUUCGUCCUCUCUAUCCGCCCUUCUUCCUCUCUAUCCGCCCUUCUUCCUCUCUAUCCGCCCUUCUUCCUCCCUAUCCGCCCUUCUUCCUCUCUAUCCGCCCUUCUUCCUCCCUAUCCGCCCUUCUUCCUCUCUAUUCGCCCUUCUUCCUCUCAAUCCGCCCUUCUUCCUCCCUAUCCGCCCUUCUUCCUCUCUAUCCGCCCUUCUUCCUCUCCAUCCGCCCUUCUUCCUCUCUAUCCGUCCUUCUUCCUCUCUAUCCGCCCUUGUUUGUCUCUAUCCGCCCUUCUUCCUCUCUAUCCGCCUUUCUUCCUCUCUAUCCGCCCUUCUUCCUCUCUAUCCGCCCUUCGUCCUCUCUAUCCGCCCUUCUUCCUCUCUAUCCGCCCUUCUUCCUCUCUAUCCGCCCUUCGUCCUCUCUAUCCGCCCUUCUUCCUCUCUAUCCGCCCUUCUUCCUCUCUAUCCGCCCUCCUUCCUCGCUAUCCGCCCUUCUUCUUCUCUAUCCGCCCUUCUUCCUCUCUAUCCGCCCUUCUUCCUCUCUAUCCGCCCUUCGUCCUCUCUAUCCGCCCUUCUUCCUCUCUAUCCGCCCUUCUUCCUCUCUAUCCGCCCUUCUUCCUCCCUAUCCGCCCUUCUUCCUCUCUAUCCGCCCUUCUUCUUCCCAUUCGCCCUUCUUCCUCUCUUUCCGCCCUUCUUCCUCUCAAUCCGCCCUUCUUCCUCCCUAUCCGCCCUUCUUCCUCUCUAUCCGCCCUUCUUCCUCUCCAUCCGCCCUUCUUCCUCUCUAUCCGUCCUUCUUCCUCUCUAUCCGCCCUUGUUCGUCUCUAUCCGCCCUUCUUCCUCUCUAUCCGCCUUUCUUCCUCUCUAUCCGCCCUUCUUCCUCUCUAUCCGCCCUUCGUCCUCUCUAUCCGCCCUUCGUCCUCUCUAUCCGCCCUUCUUCCUCUCUAUCCGCCCUUCGUCCUCUCUAUCCGCCCUUCUUCCUCUCUAUCCGCCCUUCUUCCUCUCUAUCCGCCCUCCUUCCUCUCUAUCCGCCCUUCUUCUUCUCUAUCCGCCCUUCUUCCUCUCUAUCCGCCCUUCUUCCUCUCUAUCCGCCCUUCUUCCUCUCUAUCUGCCCUUCUUCCUCCCUAUCCGCCCUUCUUCCUCCCUAUCCGCCCUUCUUCCUCUCUAUCCGCCCUUCUUCCUCUCUAUCCGCCCUUCUUCCUCUCUAUCCGCCCUUCUUCCUCUCUAUCCGCCCUUCUUCCUCCCUAUCCGCCCUUCUUCCUCCCUAUCCGCCCUUCUUCCUCUCUAUCCGCCCUUCUUCCUCCCUAUCCGCCCUUCUUCCUCUCUAUCCGCCCUUCUUCCUCUCAAUCCGCCCUUCUUCCUCUCUAUCCGCCCUUCUUCCUCUCUAUCCGCCCUUCUUCUUCUUUAUCCGCCCUUCUUCCUCUCUAUCCGCCCUUCUUCCUAUCAUUCCGCCCUUCUUCCUCUCAAUCCGCCCUUCUUCCUCUCUAUCCGCCCUUCUUCCUCUCUAUCCGCCCUUCGUCCUCUCUAUCCGCCCUUCGUCCUCUCUAUCCGCCCUUCUUCCUCUCUAUCCGCCCUUCGUCCUCUCUGUCCGCCCUUCUUCCUCUCCAUCUGCCCUUCGUCCUCUCUGUCCGCCCUUCUUCCUCUCUAUCCGCCCUUCUUCCUCUCUAUCCGCCCUUCUUCCUAUCACUCCGCCCUCCUUCCUCUCUAACCGCCCUUCUUCCUCUCUAUCCGCCCUUCUUCCUCCCUAUCCGCCCUUCUUCCUCUCUAUCCGCCCUUCUUCCUCUCUAUCCGCCCUUCUUCUUCUCUAUCCGCCCUUCUUAUUCUCUAUCCGCCCUUCUUCUUCUCUAUCCGCCCUUCUUCCUCUCUAUCCGCCCUUCUUCCUCUCUAUCCGCCCUUCUUCCUAUCAAUCCGCCUUCCUUCCUCUUUAUCCGCCCUUCUUCUCUAUCCGCCCUCCAUCCUCUUUAUCCGCCCUUCUUCCUCUCUCUCCGCCCUUCUUCCUCUCUAUCCGCCCUUCUUCCUCUCUAUCCGGCCUUCUUCCUCUCUAUCCGCCCUUCUUUCCUCUCUAUCCGCACUUCUUCCUCUCUAUCCGCCCUUCCUCCUCGCUAUUCCCCCUUCCUCCUCUCUAUCCGCCCUUCCUCCUCUCUAUCCGCCCUUCUUCCUCUCUAUCCGCCCUUCCUCCUCUCUAUCCGCCCUUCUUCCUCUCUAUCCGCCCUUCUUCUUCUCUAUCCGCCUUUCUUCCUCUCUAUCCGCCCUUCUUCCUCUCUAUCCGCCCUUCUUCUUCUCUAUCCGCCCUUCUUCUUCUCUAUCCGCCCUUCUUCCUCUCUAUCCGCCCUUAUUCCUAUCAAUCCGCCCUCCUUCCUCUCUAUCCGCCCUCCUUCCUCUCUAUCCGCCCUUCUUCCUCUCUAUCCGCCCUUCUUCCUCUCUAUCCGCCCUUCUUUCUUCUCUAUCCGCCCUUCUUCCUCUCUAUCCGCCCUUCUUCCUAUCUAUCCGCCCUUCUUCCUCCAUAUCCGCCCUUCUUCCUCCCUAUCCAACCUUCUUCCUCUCAAUCCGCCCUUCUUCUUCUCUAUCCGCCCUUCUUCUUCCCUAUCCGCCCUUCUUCCUCUCUAUCCGCCCUUCUUGCUCUCUAUCCGCCCUUCUUCCUCUCUAUCCGCCCUUCUUCCUCUCUAUCCGCCCUCCUUCCUCCCUAUCCGCCCUUCUUCCUCCCUAUCCGCCCUUCUUCCUCUCAAUCCGCCCUCCUUCCUCUCUAUCCGCCCUUCUUCCUCUCUAUCCGUCCUUCUUCCUCUCUAUCCGCCCUUCUUCCUCUCUAUCCGCCCUUCUUCUUCUCUAUCCGCCCUUCUUCCUCUCUAUCCGCCCUUCUUCCUCUCUAUCCGCCCUUCUUCUUCUCUAUCCGCCCUUCUUCUUCUCUAUACGCCCUUCUUCCUCUCUAUCCGCCCUUCUUCCUAUCAAUCCGCCCACCUUCCUCUCUAUCCGCCCUUCUUCCUAUCAAUCCGCCCACCUUCCUCUCUAUACGCCCUUCGUCCUCUCUAUCUGCCCUUCUUCCUCUCUAUCUGCCCUUCGUCCUCUCUAUCCGCCCUUCUUCCUCUCUAUCCGCCCUUCUUCCUCUCUAUCCGCCCUUCUUCCUUCCAAUCCGCCCUUCUUCUUCUCUAUCCGCCCUCCUUCUUCUCUAUCUGCCCUUCUUCUUCUCUAUCCGCCCUUCUUCCUCUCUAUCCGCCCUUCUUCUUCUUUAUCAGCCCUUCUUCCUCUCUAUCCGCCCUUCUUCCUCUCUAUCCGCCCUUCUUCCUACCAAUCCGCCCUCCUUCCUCUCUAUCCGCCCUCCUUCCUCUCUAUCCGCCCUCCUUCCUCUCUAUCCGCCCUUCGUCCUCUCUAUCCGCCCUUCUUCCUCUCUAUCCGCCCUGCAUCCUCUCUAUCCGCCCUUUUUCCUCUCUAUCCGCCCUUUUUCCUCUCUAUCCGCCCUUCUUCCUCUCUAUCCGCCCUUCGUCCUCUCUAUCCGCCCUUCUUCCUCUCUAUCUGCCCUUCGUCCUCUCUAUCCGCCCUUCUUCCUCUCUAUCCGCCCUUCGUCCUCUCUGUCCGCCCUUCUUCCUAUCACUCCGCCCUCCUUCCUCUCUAACCGCCCUUCUUCCUCUCUAUUCGCCCUUCUUCCUCCCUAUCCGCCCUUCUUCCUCUCUAUCCGCCCUUCUUCCUCUCUAUCCGCCCUCCUUCCUCUCUAUCCGCCCUUCUUCUUCUCUAUCCGCCCUUCUUAUUCUCUAUCCGCCCUUCUUCUUCUCUAUCCGCCCUUCUUCCUCUCUAUCCGCCCUUCUUCCUCUCUAUCCGCCCUUCUUCCUAUCAAUCCGCCUUCCUUCCUCUUUAUCCGCCCUUAUUCUUCUCUAUCCGCCCUCCUUCCUCUUUAUCCGCCCUUCUUCCUCUCUCUCCGCCCUUCUUCCUCUCUAUCCGCCCUUCUUCCUCUCUAUCCGCCCUUCUUCCUCUCUAUCCGCCCUUCUUCCUCUCUAUCCGCCCUUCUUUCCUCUCUAUCCGCCCUUCUUCCUCUCUAUCCGCCCUUCCUCCUCGCUAUUCCCCCUUCCUCCUCUCUAUCCGCCCUUCCUCCUCUCUAUCCGCCCUUCUUCCUCUCUAUCCGCCCUUCCUCCUCUCUAUCCGCCCUUCUUCCUCUCUAUCCGCCCUUCUUCUUCUCUAUCCGCCCUUCUUCCUCUCUAUCCGCCCUUCUUCCUCUCUAUCCGCCCUUCUUCUUCUCUAUCCGCCCUUCUUCCUCCCUAUCCGCCCUUCUUCCUCUCUAUCCACCCUUCUUCCUCUCUAUCCGCCCUCCUUCCUCUCUAUCCGCCCUUCUUCUUCUCUAUCCGCCCUUCUUAUCCUCUAUCCGCCCUUCUUCUUCUCUAUCCGCCCUUCUUCCUCUCUAUCCGCCCUUCUUCCUCUCUAUCCGCCCUUCUUCCUAUCAAUCCGCCUUCCUUCCUCUUUAUCCGCCCUUAUUCCUCUCUAUCCGCCCUCCUUCCUCUUUAUCCGCCCUUCUUCCUCUCUCUCCGCCCUUCUUCCUCUCUAUUCGCCCUUCUUCCUCUCUAUCCGCCCUUCUUCCUCUGUAUCCGCCCUUCUUCCUCUAUAUCCGCCCUUCUUUCCUCCCUAUCCGCCCUUCUUCCUCUCUAUCCGCCCUUCCUCCUCGCUAUUCCCCCUUCCUCCUCUCUAUCCGCCCUUCCUCCUCUCUAUCCGCCCUUCUUCCUCUCUAUCCGCCCUUCCUCGUCUCUAUCCGCCCUUCUUCCUCUCUAUCCGCCCUUCUUCUUCUCUAUCCGCCCUUCUUCCUCUCUAUCCGCCCUUCUUCCUCUCUAUCCGCCCUUCUUCUUCUCUAUCCGCCCUUCUUCUUCUCUAUACGCCCUUCUUCCUCUCUAUCCGCCCUUCUUCCUAUCAAUCCGCCCACCUUCCUCUCUAUCCGCCCUUCUUCCUAUCAAUCCGCCCACCUUCCUCUCUAUACGCCCUUCCCCUUCUUCCUCUCUAUCCGCCCUUCUUCCUCUCUAUCCGCCCUUCUUCCUACCAAUCCGCCCUCCUUCCUCUCUAUCCGCCCUCCUUCCUCUCUAUCCGCCCUCCUUCCUCUCUAUCCGCCCUUCGUCCUCUCUAUCCGCCCUUCUUCCUCUCUAUCCGCCCUGCAUCCUCUCUAUCCGCCCUUUUUCCUCUCUAUCCGCCCUUUUUCCUCUCUAUCCGCCCUUCUUCCUCUCUAUCCGCCCUUCGUCCUCUCUAUCCGCCCUUCUUCCUCUCUAUCUGCCCUUCGUCCUCUCUAUCCGCCCUUCUUCCUCUCUAUCCGCCCUUCGUCCUCUCUGUCCGCCCUUCUUCCUAUCACUCCGCCCUCCUUCCUCUCUAACCGCCCUUCUUCCUCUCUAUUCGCCCUUCUUCCUCCCUAUCCGCCCUUCUUCCUCUCUAUCCGCCCUUCUUCCUCUCUAUCCGCCCUCCUUCCUCUCUAUCCGCCCUUCUUCUUCUCUAUCCGCCCUUCUUAUUCUCUAUCCGCCCUUCUUCUUCUCUAUCCGCCCUUCUUCCUCUCUAUCCGCCCUUCUUCCUCUCUAUCCGCCCUUCUUCCUAUCAAUCCGCCUUCCUUCCUCUUUAUCCGCCCUUAUUCUUCUCUAUCCGCCCUCCUUCCUCUUUAUCCGCCCUUCUUCCUCUCUCUCCGCCCUUCUUCCUCUCUAUCCGCCCUUCUUCCUCUCUAUCCGCCCUUCUUCCUCUCUAUCCGCCCUUCUUCCUCUCUAUCCGCCCUUCUUUCCUCUCUAUCCGCCCUUCUUCCUCUCUAUCCGCCCUUCCUCCUCGCUAUUCCCCCUUCCUCCUCUCUAUCCGCCCUUCCUCCUCUCUAUCCGCCCUUCUUCCUCUCUAUCCGCCCUUCCUCCUCUCUAUCCGCCCUUCUUCCUCUCUAUCCGCCCUUCUUCUUCUCUAUCCGCCCUUCUUCCUCUCUAUCCGCCCUUCUUCCUCUCUAUCCGCCCUUCUUCUUCUCUAUCCGCCCUUCUUCUUCUCUAUACGCCCUUCUUCCUCUCUAUCUGCCCUUCUUCCUAUCAAUCCGCCCACCUUACUCUCUAUCCGCCCUCCUUCCUCUCUAUCCGCCCUUCUUCCUCUCUAUCCGCCCUUCUUCCUCUCUAUCCGCCCUUCUUCCUCUCUAUCCGCCCUUCGUCCUCUCUAUCCGCCAUUCUUCCUCUCUAUCUGCCCUUCGUCCUCUCUAUCCGCCCUUCGUCCUCUCUAUCCGCCCUUCGUCCUCUCUAUCCGCCCUUCUUCCUAUCACUCCGCCCUCCUUCCUCUCUAACCGCCCUUCUUCCUCUCUAUCCGCCCUUCUUCCUCCCUAUCCGCCCUUCUUCCUCUCUAUCUGCCCUUCUUCCUCUCUAUCCGCCCUCCUUCCUCUCUAUCCGCCCUUCUUCUUCUCUAUCCGCCCUUCUUAUUCUCUAUCCGCCCUUCUUCUUCUCUAUCCGCCCUUCUUCCUCUCUAUCCGCCCUUCUUCCUCUCUAUCCGCCCUUCUUCCUAUCAAUCCGCCUUCCUUCCUCUUUAUCCGCCCUUAUUCUUCUCUAUCUGCCCUCCUUCCUCUUUAUCCGCCCUUCUUCCUCUCUAUCCGCCCUUCUUCCUCUCUAUCCGCCCUUCCUCUCUAUCCGCCCUUCUUCCUCUCUAUCCGCCCUUCUUUCCUCUCUAUCCGCCCUUCUUCCUCUCUAUCCGCCCUUCCUCCUCGCUAUUCCCCCUUCCUCCUCUCUAUCCGCCCUUCCUCCUCUCUAUCCGCCCUUCUUCCUCUCUAUCCGCCCUUCCUCCUCUCUAUCCGCCCUUCUUCCUCUCUAUCCGCCCUUCUUCUCUAUCCGCCCUUCUUCCUCUCUAUCCGCCCUUCUACCUCUCUAUCCGCCCUUCUUCUUCUCUAUCUGCCCUUCUUCUUCUCUAUACGCCCUUCUUCCUCUCUAUCUGCCCUUCUUCCUAUCAAUCCGCCCACCUUCCUCUCUAUCCGCCCUCCUUCCUCUCUAUCCGCCCUUCUUCCUCUCUAUCCGCCCUUCUUCCUCUCUAUCCGCCCUUCUUCCUCUCUAUCCGCCCUUCUUCUUCUCUAUCCGCCCUUCUUCCUCUCUAUCCGCCCUUCUUCCUAUCUAUCCGCCCUUCAUCCUCCAUAUCCGCCCUUCUUCCUCCCUAUCCGCCCUUCUUCCUCUCAAUCCGCCCUCCUUCCUCUCUAUCCGCCCUUCUUCCUCUCUAUCCGCCAUUCUUCCUCUCUAUCCGCCCUUCUUCCUCUCAAUCCGCCCUUCUUCCUCUCUAUCCGCCCUUCUUCUGCUCUAUCCGCCCUUCUUCCUCUCUAUCCGCCCUUCUUCCUAUCAAUCCGCCCUCCUUCCUCUCUAUCCGCCCUUCUUCUUCUCUAUCCGCCCUUCUUCCUCUCUAUCCGCCCUUCGUCCUCUCUAUCCGCCCUUCUUCCUAUCUAUCCGCCCUUCUUCCUCUCAAUCCGCCCUUCUUCUUCUCUAUCUGCCCUCCUUCUUCUCUAUCCGCCCUCCUUCCUCUCUAUCCUCCCUUCUUCCUCUCUAUCCGCCCUUCGUCCUCUCUAUCCGCCCUUCUUCCUCUCUAUCCGCCCUUCGUCCUCUCUAUCCGCCCUUCUUCCUAUCACUCCGCCCUCCUUCCUCUCUAUCCGCCCUUCUUCUUCUCUAUCCGCCCUUCUUCCUCUCUAUCCGCCCUUCUUCUUCUCUAUCCGCUCUUCUUCCUCCCUAUCCGCCCUUCUUCCUCUCUAUCUGCCCUUCUUCCUCUCUAUCCCCCCUUCUUCCUAUCAAUCCGCCCUCCUUCCUCUCUAUCAGCCCUUCUUCUUCUCUAUCCGCCCUUCUUCCUCUCUAUCCACCCUUCUUCCUCUCUAUCCGCCCUUCUUCCUCUCUAUCCGCCCUUCUUCCUCUCUAUCCGCCCUUCUUCCUCUCUUUCCGCCCUUCUUCCUCUCUAUCUGCCCUUCUUCCUAUAAAUCCGCCCUCCUUCCUCUCUAUCCGCCCUCCUUCCUCUCUAUCCGCCCUUCUUCCUCUCUAUUUGCCUUUCUUCCUCUCUAUCCGCCCUUCUUCCUCUCUAUCCGCCCUUCUUCCUCUCUAUCCGCCCUUCUUCUGCUCUAUCCGCCCUUCUUCCUCUCUAUCCGCCCUUCUUCCUCUCUAUCCGCCCUUCUUCCUCUCUAUCCGGCCUUCUUCCUCCCUAUCCGCCCUUCUUCCUCUCUAUCCGCCCUUCUUCCUAUCAAUCCGCCCUCCUUCCUCUCUAUCCGCCCUUCUUCCUCUCUAUCCGCCCUUCUUCCUCUCUAUCCGCCCUUCUUCCUCUCUAUCCGCCCUUCUUCCUCUCUAUCCGCCCUUCUUCCUCUCUAUCCGCCCUCCUUCCUCUCUAUCCGCCCUUCUUCUCUAUCCGCCCUUCUUCCUCUCUAUCCGCCCUUCUUCCUAUCAAUCCGCCCUCCUUCCUCUCUAUCAGCCCUUCUUCUUCUCUAUCCGCCCUUCUUCCUGUUUAUCCGCCCUUCUUCCUCUCUAUCCGCCCUUCUUCCUCUCUAUCCGCCCAUCUUCCUCUCUAUCCGCCCUUCUUCCUCUCUAUCCGCCCAUCUUCCUCUCUAUACGCCCUUCUUCCUCUCUAUCUGCCCUUCUUCCUCUCUAUCCGCCCUUCUUCCUCUCUAUCCGCCCUUCUUCCUCUCUAUCCGCCCUUCUUCCUCCCUAUCCGCCCUUCUUCCUCUCUAUCCGCCCUUCUUCCUAUCAAUCCGCCCUCCUUCCUCUCUAUCCGCCCUUCUUCCUCUCUAUCCGCCCUUCUUCCUCUCUAUCCGCCCUUCUUCCUCUCAAUCCGCCCUUCUUCCUCUCUAUCCGCCCUUCUUCUGCUCUAUCCGCCCUUCUUCCUCUCUAUCCGCCCUUCUUCCUAUCAAUCCGCCCUCCUUCCUCUCUAUCCGCCCUUCUUCCUCUGUAUCCGCCCUUCUUCCUCUCUAUUUGCCCUUCUUCCUCUCUAUCCGCCCUUCUUCCUCUCUUUCCGCCCUUCUUCCUCUCUAUCCGCCCUUCUUCCUCUCUAUCCGCCCUUCUUCCUCUCUAUCCGCCCUUCUUCCUCUCUAUCCGCCCUUCUUCUUCUCUAUCCGCCCUUCUUCCUCUCUAUCCGCCCUUCUUCCUCCCUAUCCGCCCUUCUUCCUCUCUAUCCGCCCUUCUUCCUCUCUAUCCGCCCUUCUUCCUCUCUAUCCGCCCUUCUUCCUCUCUAUGCGCCCUUCUUCCUCUCUAUCCGCCCUUCUUCCUCUCUAUCUGCCCUUCUUCAUAUCAAUCCGCCCUCCUUCCUCUCUAUCCGCCCUUCUUCUUCUCUAUCCGCCCUUCGUCCUCUCUAUCCGCCCUUCUUCCUCUCUAUCCGCCCUUCGUCCUCUCUAUCCGCCCUUCUUCUUCUCUAUCCGCCCUUCUUCCUAUCAAUCCGCCCUCCUUCCUCUCUAUCAGCCCUUCUUCUUCUCUAUCCGCCAUUCUUCCUCUCUAUCCGCCCUUCUUCCUAUCAAUCCGCCCUCCUUCCUCUCUAUCCGCCCUUCUUCUUCUCUAUCCGCCCUUCUUCCUCUCUAUCCGCCCUUCUUCUCUAUCCGCUUUUCUCCUCUUUAUCCGCCCUUCCUCCUCUCUAUCCGCCCUUCUUCCUCUCUAUCCGCCCUUCUUCCUAUCAAUCCGCCCUACUCCUCUCUAUCAGCCCUUCUUCUUCUCUAUCCGCCCUUCUUCCUCUCUAUCCGCCCUUCUUCUUCUCUAUCCGCCCUUCUUCCUCUCUAUCCGCCCUUCUUCUCUAUCCGCCCUUCUUCCUCUCUAUCCGCCCUUCUUCUUCCCUAUCCGCCCUUCUUCCUCUCUUUCCGCCCUUCUUCCUCUCUAUCCGCCCUUCUUCCUCUCUAUCCGCCCUUCUUCCUCUCUAUCCGCCCUUCUUCCUCCCUAUCCGCCCUUCUUCCUCUCUAUCCGCCCUUCUUCCUAUCAAUCCGCCCUCCUUCCUCUCUAUCCGCCCUUCUUCCUCUCUAUCCGCCCUUCUUCCUCUCUAUCCGCCCUUCUUCCUAUCAAUCCGCCCUUCUUCCUCUCUAUCCGCCCUUCUUCUGCUCUAUCCGCCCUUCUUCCUCUCUAUCCGCCCUUCUUCCUCUCUAUCCGCCCUUCUUCCUCUCUAUCGGCCCUUCUUCCUCUCUAUCGGCCCUUCUUCCUCUCUAUCCGCCCUUCUUCCUCUCUAUCCGCCCUUCUUCCUCUCUAUCCGCCCUUCUUCCUCUCUAUCCGCCCUUCUUCCUCUCUAUCCGCCCUUCUUCCUCUCUAUCCGCCCUUCUUCCUCUCUAUCCGCCCUUCUUCUUCUCUAUCCGCCCUUCUUCCUCUCUAUCCGCCCUUCUUCCUAUCAAUCCGCCCUCCUUCCUCUCUAUCCGCCCUUCUUCUUCUCUAUCCGCCCUUCUUCCUCUCUAUCCCCCCUUCUUCCUCUCUAUCCGCCCUUCUUCCUCUCAAUCCGCCCUUCUUCCUAUCAAUCCGCCCUCCUUCCUCUCUAUCCGCCCUCCUUCCUCUCUAUCCGCCCUUCUUCCUCUCUAUCCGCCCUUCUUCCUCUCUAUCCGCCCUCCUUCCUCUCUAUCCGCCCUCCUUCCUCUCUAUCCGCCCUCCUUCCUCUCUAUCCGCCCUUCUUCCUCUCUAUCCGCCCUUCUUCCUCUCUAUCCGCCCUUCUUCCUCUCUAUCCGCCCUUCUUCUUCUCUAUCCGCCCUUCUUCCUCUCUAUCCGCCCUUCUUCCUAUCAAUCCGCCCUCCUUCCUCUCUAUCCGCCCUUCUUCUUCUCUAUCCGCCCUUCUUCCUCUCUAUCCGCCCUUCUUCUCUAUCCGCUCUUCUCCUCUUUAUCCGCCCUUCUUCCUCUCUAUCCGCCCUUCUUCCUCUCUAUCCGCCCUUCUUCCUCUCUAUCCGCCCUUCUUCCUCUCUAUCCGCCCUUCUUCCUCCCUAUCCGCCCUUCUUCCUCUCUAUCCGCCCUUCUUCCUAUCAAUCCGCCCUCCUUCCUCUCUAUCCGCCCUUCUUCCUCUCUAUCCGCCCUUCUUCCUCUCUAUCCGCCCUUUUUCCUAUCAAUCCGCCCUUCUUCCUCUCUAUCCGCCCUUCUUCUGCUCUAUCCGCCCUUCUUCCUCUCUAUCCGCCCUUCUUCCUCUCUAUCCGCCCUUCUUCCUCUCUAUCGGCCCUUCUUCCUCUCUAUCGGCCCUUCUUCCUCUCUAUCCGCCCUUCUUCCUCUCUAUCCGCCCUUCUUCCUCUCUAUCCGCCCUUCUUCCUCUCUAUCCGCCCUUCUUCCUCUCUAUCCGCCCUUCUUCCUCUCUAUCCGCCCUUCUUCUUCUCUAUCCGCCCUUCUUCCUCUCUAUCUGCCCUUCUUCAUAUCAAUCCGCCCUCCUUCCUCUCUAUCCGCCCUUCUUCUUCUCUAUCCGCCCUUCGUCCUCUCUAUCCGCCCUUCUUCCUCUCUAUCCGCCCUUCGUCCUCUCUAUCCGCCCUUCUUCUUCUCUAUCCGCCCUUCUUCCUAUCAAUCCGCCCUCCUUCCUCUCUAUCAGCCCUUCUUCUUCUCUAUCCGCCAUUCUUCCUCUCUAUCCGCCCUUCUUCCUAUCAAUCCGCCCUCCUUCCUCUCUAUCCGCCCUUCUUCUUCUCUAUCCGCCCUUCUUCCUCUCUAUCCGCCCUUCUUCUCUAUCCGCUUUUCUCCUCUUUAUCCGCCCUUCCUCCUCUCUAUCCGCCCUUCUUCCUCUCUAUCCGCCCUUCUUCCUAUCAAUCCGCCCUACUCCUCUCUAUCAGCCCUUCUUCUUCUCUAUCCGCCCUUCUUCCUCUCUAUCCGCCCUUCUUCUUCUCUAUCCGCCCUUCUUCCUCUCUAUCCGCCCUUCUUCUCUAUCCGCCCUUCUUCCUCUCUAUCCGCCCUUCUUCUUCCCUAUCCGCCCUUCUUCCUCUCUUUCCGCCCUUCUUCCUCUCUAUCCGCCCUUCUUCCUCUCUAUCCGCCCUUCUUCCUCUCUAUCCGCCCUUCUUCCUCCCUAUCCGCCCUUCUUCCUCUCUAUCCGCCCUUCUUCCUAUCAAUCCGCCCUCCUUCCUCUCUAUCCGCCCUUCUUCCUCUCUAUCCGCCCUUCUUCCUCUCUAUCCGCCCUUCUUCCUAUCAAUCCGCCCUUCUUCCUCUCUAUCCGCCCUUCUUCUGCUCUAUCCGCCCUUCUUCCUCUCUAUCCGCCCUUCUUCCUCUCUAUCCGCCCUUCUUCCUCUCUAUCGGCCCUUCUUCCUCUCUAUCGGCCCUUCUUCCUCUCUAUCCGCCCUUCUUCCUCUCUAUCCGCCCUUCUUCCUCUCUAUCCGCCCUUCUUCCUCUCUAUCCGCCCUUCUUCCUCUCUAUCCGCCCUUCUUCCUCUCUAUCCGCCCUUCUUCCUCUCUAUCCGCCCUUCUUCUUCUCUAUCCGCCCUUCUUCCUCUCUAUCCGCCCUUCUUCCUAUCAAUCCGCCCUCCUUCCUCUCUAUCCGCCCUUCUUCUUCUCUAUCCGCCCUUCUUCCUCUCUAUCCCCCCUUCUUCCUCUCUAUCCGCCCUUCUUCCUCUCAAUCCGCCCUUCUUCCUAUCAAUCCGCCCUCCUUCCUCUCUAUCCGCCCUCCUUCCUCUCUAUCCGCCCUUCUUCCUCUCUAUCCGCCCUUCUUCCUCUCUAUCCGCCCUCCUUCCUCUCUAUCCGCCCUCCUUCCUCUCUAUCCGCCCUCCUUCCUCUCUAUCCGCCCUUCUUCCUCUCUAUCCGCCCUUCUUCCUCUCUAUCCGCCCUUCUUCCUCUCUAUCCGCCCUUCUUCUUCUCUAUCCGCCCUUCUUCCUCUCUAUCCGCCCUUCUUCCUAUCAAUCCGCCCUCCUUCCUCUCUAUCCGCCCUUCUUCUUCUCUAUCCGCCCUUCUUCCUCUCUAUCCGCCCUUCUUCUCUAUCCGCUCUUCUCCUCUUUAUCCGCCCUUCUUCCUCUCUAUCCGCCCUUCUUCCUCUCUAUCCGCCCUUCUUCCUCUCUAUCCGCCCUUCUUCCUCUCUAUCCGCCCUUCUUCCUCCCUAUCCGCCCUUCUUCCUCUCUAUCCGCCCUUCUUCCUAUCAAUCCGCCCUCCUUCCUCUCUAUCCGCCCUUCUUCCUCUCUAUCCGCCCUUCUUCCUCUCUAUCCGCCCUUCUUCCUAUCAAUCCGCCCUUCUUCCUCUCUAUCCGCCCUUCUUCUGCUCUAUCCGCCCUUCUUCCUCUCUAUCCGCCCUUCUUCCUCUCUAUCCGCCCUUCUUCCUCUCUAUCGGCCCUUCUUCCUCUCUAUCGGCCCUUCUUCCUCUCUAUCCGCCCUUCUUCCUCUCUAUCCGCCCUUCUUCCUCUCUAUCCGCCCUUCUUCCUCUCUAUCCGCCCUUCUUCCUCUCUAUCCGCCCUUCUUCCUCUCUAUCCGCCCUUCUUCUUCUCUAUCCGCCCUUCUUCCUCUCUAUCCCCCCUUCUUCCUCUCUAUCCGCCCUUCUUCCUCUCAAUCCGCCCUUCUUCCUAUCAAUCCGCCCUCCUUCCUCUCUAUCCGCCCUCCUUCCUCUCUAUCCGCCCUUCUUCCUCUCUAUCCGCCCUUCUUCCUCUCUAUCCGCCCUCCUUCCUCUCUAUCCGCCCUCCUUCCUCUCUAUCCGCCCUCCUUCCUCUCUAUCCGCCCUUCUUCCUCUCUAUCCGCCCUUCUUCCUCUCUAUCCGCCCUUCUUCCUCUCUAUCCGCCCUUCUUCUUCUCUAUCCGCCCUUCUUCCUCUCUAUCCGCCCUUCUUCCUAUCAAUCCGCCCUCCUUCCUCUCUAUCCGCCCUUCUUCUUCUCUAUCCGCCCUUCUUCCUCUCUAUCCGCCCUUCUUCUCUAUCCGCUCUUCUCCUCUUUAUCCGCCCUUCUUCCUCUCUAUCCGCCCUUCUUUCUCUCGAUCCGCCCUUCUUCCUAUCAAUCCGCCCUCCUUCCUCUCUAUCAGCCCUUCUUCUUCUCUAUCCGCCCUUCUUCCUCUCUAUCCGCCCUUCUUCUUCUCUAUCCGCCCUUUUCCUCUCUAUCCGCCCUUCUUCUCUAUCCGCCCUUCUUCCUCUCUAUCCGCCCUUCUUCCUCCCUAUCCGCCCUUCUUCCUCUCUUUCCGCCCUUCUUUCUAUCAAUCCGCCCUCCUUCCUCUCUAUCCGCCCUUCUUCAUCUCUAUCCGCCCUUCUUCCUCUCUAUCCGCCCUUGUUCCUCUCUAUCCGCCCUUCUUCCUCUCUAUCCGCCCUUCUUCCUAUCAAUCCGCCCUCCUUCCUCUCUAUCCGCCCUUCUUCCUCUCUAUCCGCCCUUCUUCCUCUCUAUCCGCCCUUCGUCCUCUCUAUCCGCCCUUCUUCCUCUCUAUCCGCCCUUCGUCCUCUCUAUCCGCCCUUUUUCCUCUCUAUCCGCCCUUCUUCCUCUCUAUCCGCCCUUCUUCCUCUCUAUCCGCCCUUCGUCCUCUCUAUCCGCCCUUCUUCCUCUCUAUCCGCCCUUCGUCCUCUCUAUCCGCCCUUCUUCCUCUCUAUCCGCCCUUUGUCCUCUCUAUCCGCCCUUUUUCCUCUCUAUCCGCCCUUCGUCCUCUCUAUCCGCCCUUCUUCCUCUCUAUCCGCCCUUCUUCCUCUCUAUCCGCCCUCCUUCCUCUCUAUCCGCCCUCCUUCCUCUCUAUCCGCCCUUCUUCCUCUCUAUCCGCCCUUCUUCCUCUCUAUCCGCCCUUCUUCUUCUCUAUCCGCCCUUCUUCCUCUCUAUCCGCCCUUCUUCCUAUCAAUCCGCCCUCCUUCCUCUCUAUCCGCCCUUCUUCUUCUCUAUCCGCCCUUCUUCCUCUCUAUCCGCCCUUCUUCUCUAUCCGCUCUUCUCCUCUUUAUCCGCCCUUCUUCCUCUCUAUCCGCCCUUCUUCCUCUCUAUCCGCCCUUCUUCCUCUCUAUCCGCCCUUCUUCCUCUCUAUCCGCCCUUCUUCCUCCCUAUCCGCCCUUCUUCCUCUCUAUCCGCCCUUCUUCCUAUCAAUCCGCCCUCCUUCCUCUCUAUCCGCCCUUCUUCCUCUCUAUCCGCCCUUCUUCCUCUCUAUCCGCCCUUCUUCCUAUCAAUCCGCCCUUCUUCCUCUCUAUCCGCCCUUCUUCUGCUCUAUCCGCCCUUCUUCCUCUCUAUCCGCCCUUCUUCCUCUCUAUCCGCCCUUCUUCCUCUCUAUCGGCCCUUCUUCCUCUCUAUCGGCCCUUCUUCCUCUCUAUCCGCCCUUCUUCCUCUCUAUCCGCCCUUCUUCCUCUCUAUCCGCCCUUCUUCCUCUCUAUCCGCCCUUCUUCCUCUCUAUCCGCCCUUCUUCCUCUCUAUCCGCCCUUCUUCUUCUCUAUCCGCCCUUCUUCCUCUCUAUCCCCCCUUCUUCCUCUCUAUCCGCCCUUCUUCCUCUCAAUCCGCCCUUCUUCCUAUCAAUCCGCCCUCCUUCCUCUCUAUCCGCCCUCCUUCCUCUCUAUCCGCCCUUCUUCCUCUCUAUCCGCCCUUCUUCCUCUCUAUCCGCCCUCCUUCCUCUCUAUCCGCCCUCCUUCCUCUCUAUCCGCCCUCCUUCCUCUCUAUCCGCCCUUCUUCCUCUCUAUCCGCCCUUCUUCCUCUCUAUCCGCCCUUCUUCCUCUCUAUCCGCCCUUCUUCUUCUCUAUCCGCCCUUCUUCCUCUCUAUCCGCCCUUCUUCCUAUCAAUCCGCCCUCCUUCCUCUCUAUCCGCCCUUCUUCUUCUCUAUCCGCCCUUCUUCCUCUCUAUCCGCCCUUCUUCUCUAUCCGCUCUUCUCCUCUUUAUCCGCCCUUCUUCCUCUCUAUCCGCCCUUCUUUCUCUCGAUCCGCCCUUCUUCCUAUCAAUCCGCCCUCCUUCCUCUCUAUCAGCCCUUCUUCUUCUCUAUCCGCCCUUCUUCCUCUCUAUCCGCCCUUCUUCUUCUCUAUCCGCCCUUCUUCCUCUCUAUCCGCCCUUCUUCUCUAUCCGCCCUUCUUCCUCUCUAUCCGCCCUUCUUCCUCCCUAUCCGCCCUUCUUCCUCUCUUUCCGCCCUUCUUUCUAUCAAUCCGCCCUCCUUCCUCUCUAUCCGCCCUUCUUCAUCUCUAUCCGCCCUUCUUCCUCUCUAUCCGCCCUUGUUCCUCUCUAUCCGCCCUUCUUCCUCUCUAUCCGCCCUUCUUCCUAUCAAUCCGCCCUCCUUCCUCUCUAUCCGCCCUUCGUCCUCUCUAUCCGCCCUUCUUCCUCUCUAUCCGCCCUUCGUCCUCUCUAUCCGCCCUUCUUCCUCUCUAUCCGCCCUUCGUCCUCUCUAUCCGCCCUUUUUCCUCUCUAUCCGCCCUUCUUCCUCUCUAUCCGCCCUUCUUCCUCUCUAUCCGCCCUUCGUCCUCUCUAUCCGCCCUUCUUCCUCUCUAUCCGCCCUUCGUCCUCUCUAUCCGCCCUUCUUCCUCUCUAUCCGCCCUUUGUCCUCUCUAUCCGCCCUUUUUCCUCUCUAUCCGCCCUUCGUCCUCUCUAUCCGCCCUUCUUCCUCUCUAUCCGCCCUUCGUCCUCUCUAUCCGCCCUUCUUCCUCUCUAUCUGCCCUUCGUCCACUCUAUCCGCCCUUCUUCCACUCUUUCCGCCCUUCUUCCUCUCUAUCCGCCCUUCUUCUUCUCUAUCCGCCCUUCUUCCUAUCAAUCCGCCCUCCUUCCUCUCUUUCCGCCCUUCUUCCUCUCUAUCCGCCCUUCGUCCUCUCUAUCCGCCCUUCGUCCUCUCUAUCCGCCCUUCGUCCUCUCUAUCCGCCCUUCUUCCUCUCUAUCCGCCCUUCUGCCUAUCAAUCCGCCCUCCUUCCUCUCUAUCAGCCCUUCUUCUUCUCUAUCCGCCAUUCUUCCUCUCUAUCCGCCCUUCUUCUUCUCUAUCCGCCCUUCUUCCUCUCUAUCCGCCCUUCUUCCUAUCAAUCCGCCCUCCUUCCUCUCUAUCCGCCCUUCUUCUUCUCUAUCCGCCCUUCUUCCUCUCUAUCCGCCCUUCUUCUCUAUCCGCUCUUCUCCUCUUUAUUCGCCCUUCUUCCUCUCUAUCCGCCCUUCUUCCUCUCUAUCCGCCCUUCUUCCUAUCAAUCCGCCCUCCUUCCUCUCUAUCCGCAAUUUUUCUUCUUCUCGAUCCGCCCUUCGUCCUCUCUAUCCGCCCUUCUUCCUCUCUAUCCGCCCUUCUUCCUAUCAAUCCGCCCUCUUUCCUCUCUAUCCGCCCUUCUUCCUCUCCUUCCGCCCUUCUUCCUCUCUAUCCGCCCUUCGUCCUCUCUAUCCGCCCUUCUUCCUCUCUAUCCGCCCUUCGUCCUCUCUAUCCGCCCUUCGUCCUCUCUAUCCGCCCUUCUUCCUAUCAAUCCGCCCUUCUUCCUCUCUAUCCGCCCUUCUUCUGCUCUAUCCGCCCUUCUUCUGCUCUAUCCGCCCUUCUUCCUCUCAAUCCGCCCUCCUUCCUCUCUAUCGGCCCUUCUUCCUCUCUAUCGGCCCUUCUUCCUCUCUAUCCGCCCUUCUUCCUCUCUAUCCGCCCUUCUUCCUCUCUAUCUGCCCUUCUUCCUCUCUAUCCGCCCUUCUUCCUCUCUAUCCGCCCUUCUUCCUCUCUAUCCGCCCUUCUUCUUCUCUAUCCGCCCUUCUUCCUCUCUAUCCCCCCUUCUUCCUCUCUAUCCGCCCUUCUUCCUCUCAAUCCGCCCUUCUUCCUAUCAAUCCGCCCUCCUUCCUCUCUAUCCGCCCUCCUUCCUCUCUAUCCGCCCUUCUUCCUCUCUAUCCGCCCUUCUUCCUCUCUAUCCGCCCUCCUUCCUCUCUAUCCGCCCUUCUUCCUAUCAAUCCGCCCUCCUUCCUCUCUAUCAGCCCUUCUUCUUCUCUAUCCGCCAUUCUUCCUCUCUAUCCGCCCUUCUUCUUCUCUAUCCGCCCUUCUUCCUCUCUAUCCGCCCUUCUUCCUAUCAAUCCGCCCUCCUUCCUCUCUAUCCGCCCUUCUUCUUCUCUAUCCGCCCUUCUUCCUCUCUAUCCGCCCUUCUUCUUCUCUAUCCGCCCUUCUUCCUCUCUAUCCGCCCUUCUUCCUCUCUAUCCGCCCUUCUUCUUCUCUAUCCGCCCUUCUUCCUCUCUAUCCGCCCUUCUUCUCUAUCCGCCCUUCUUCCUCUCUAUCCGCCCUUCUUCCUCCCUAUCCGCCCUUCUUCCUCUCUAUCCGCCCUUCUUCCUCUCGAUCCGCCCUUCUUCCUCUCUAUCUGCCCUUCUUCUUCUCUAUCCGCCCUUCUUCCUAUCAAUCCGCCCUCCUUCCUCUCUAUCGGCCAUUCUUCCUCUCUAUCCGCCCUUCUUCCUCUCUAUCCGCCCUCCUUCCUCUCUAUCCACCCUUCUUCCUCUCUAUCUGCCCUUCUUCCUCUCUAUCUGCCCUUCUUCCUCUCUAUCCGCCCUUCUUCCUCUCUAUCUGCCCUUCUUCCUCUCUAUCCGCCCUUCUUCCUCUCUAUCCGCCCUUCUUCCUCUCUAUCCGCCCUUCUUCUGCUCUAUCCGCCCUUCUUCCUAUCAAUCCGCCCUCCUUCCUCUCUAUCCGCCCUUCUUUCUCUCUAUCCGCCCUUCUUCCUCUCUAUCCGCCCUUCUUCCUCUCUAUCCGCCCUUCUUCCUCUCUAUCCGCCCUUCUUCCUCUUUAUCCGCCCUUCCCCUUCUUCCUCUCUAUCCGCCCUUCUUCCUCUGUAUCCGCCCUUCUUCCUCUCUAUCCGCCCUUCUUCCUCUCUAUCCGCCCUUCUUCCUCUCUAUGCGCCCUUCUUCCUCUCUAUCCGCCCUUCUUCCUCUCUAUCCCCCAUUCUUCCUCUCUAUCCGCCCUUCUUCCUCUCUAUCCGCCCUUCUUCCUCUCAAUCCGCCCUCCUUCCUAUCAAUCCGCCCUCCUUCCUCUCUAUCCGCCCUCCUUCCUAUCAAUCCGCCCUCCUUCCUCUCUAUCCGCCCUUCUUCCUCUCUAUCCGCCCUCCUUCCUCUCUAUCCGCCCUCCUUCCUCUAUAUCCGCCCUCCUUCCUCUCUAUCCGCCCUCCUUCCUCUCUAUCCGCCCUUCUUCCUCUCUAUCCGCCCUUCUUCCUCUCUAACCGCCCUUCUUCCUCUCUAUCCGCCCUUCUUCCUAUCAAUCCGCCCUCCUUCCUCUCUAUCAGCCCUUCUUCUUCUCUAUCCGCCAUUCUUCCUCUCUAUCCGCCCUUCGUCCUCUCUAUCCGCCCUUCUUACUCUCUAUCCGCCCUUCUUCCUCUCUCUCGGCCCUUCUUCCUCUCUAUCCGCCCUUCUUCCUCCCUAUCCGCCCUUCUUCCUCUCUUUCCGCCCUUCUUCCUCUCUAUCCGCCUUUCUUCCUCUCUAUCCGCCUUUCUUCCUCUCUAUCCGCCCUUCUUCCUCUCUAUCCGCCCUUCUUCCUCUCUAUGUCUUCCCUAUCCGCCCUUCUUCCCUUCAAUCCGCCCUUCUUCCUAUCAAUCCGCCCUUCUUCCUAUCAAUUCGCCCUUCUUCCUCUCUAUCCGCCCUUCUUCCUCUCUAUCCGCCCUUCUUCCUCUCUAUCCGCCCUUCUUCCUCUCUAUCCGCCCUUCUUCCUCUCUAUCCGCCCUUCUUCCUCCCUAUCCGCCCUACUUCCUCCCUAUCCGCCCUUCUUCCUCCCUAUCCGCCCUUCUUCCUCGCUAUCCGCCCUUCUUCCUCGCUAUCCGCCCUUCUUCCUCGCUAUCCGCCCUUCUUCCUCCCUAUCCGCCCUCCUUCCUAUCAAUCCGCCCUCCUUCCUAUCAAUCCGCCCUCCUUCCUCUCUAUCCGCCCUCCUUCCUCUCUAUCUGCCCUUCUUCCUCUCUAUCCGCCCUUCUUCCUCUCUAUCGGCCCUUCUUCCUCUCUAUCGGCCCUUCUUCUCUAUCCGCCCUUCUUCCUCUCUAUCUGCCCUUCUUCCUAUCAAUCCGCCCUCCUUCCUCUCAAUCCGCCCUCCUUCCUCUCAAUCCGCCCUUCUUCCUCUCUAUCCGCCCUUCUUCCUCUCUAUCCGCCCUUCUUCCUCUCUAUCCGCCCUUCUUCCUCUCUAUCCGCCCUCCUUCCUCUCAAUCCGCCCUUCUUCCUCUCUAUCCGCCCUUCUUCCUCUCUAUCCGCCCUUCUUCCUCUCUAUCCGCCCUUCUUCCUCUCUAUCCGCCCUUCGUCCUCUCUAUCCGCCCUUCGUCCUCUCUAUCCGCCCUUUUUCCUCUCUAUCCGCCCUUCGUCCUCUCUAUCCGCCCUUCUUCCUCUCUAUCCGCCCUUCGUCCUCUCUAUCCGCCCUUCUUCCUCUCUAUCUGCCCUUCGUCCUCUCUAUCCGCCCUUCUUCCUCUCUUUCCGCCCUUCUUCCUCUCUAUCCGCCCUUCUUCCUCUCUAUCCGCCCUUCUUCCUAUCAAUCCGCCCUCCUUCCUCACUAUCCGCCCUUCUUCUUCUCUAUCCGCCCUUCUUCCUCUCUAUCCGCCCUUCUUCUUCUCUAUCCGCUCUUCUUCCUCUCUAUCCGCCCUUCUUCCUCUCUAUCCGCCCUUCUUCCUAUCAAUCCGCCCUCAUUCCUCUCUAUCAGCCCUUCUUCCUCUCUAUCCGCCAUUCUUCCUCUCUAUCCGCCCUUCUUCUUCUCUAUCCGCCCUUCUUCCUCUCUAUCCGCCCUUCUUCCUCUCUAUCCGCCCUUCUUCCUCUCUAUCCGCCCUUCUUCCUCUCUAUCUGCCCUUCUUCCUAUCAAUCCGCCCUCCUUCCUCUCUAUCCGCCCUCCUUCCUCUCUAUCCGCCCUUCUUCCUCUCUAUCCGCCCUUCUUCCUCUCUAUCCGCCCUUCUUCCUCCCUAUCCGCCCUUCUUCCUCUCUAUGCGCCUUUCUUCUUCUCUAUCCGCCUUUCUUCUUCUCUAUCCGCCCUCCUUCCUCUCUAUCCGCCCUUCUUCCUCUCUAUCCGCCCUUCUUCCUCUCUAUCCGCCCUUCUUCCUCUCAAUCCGCCCUACUUCCUCUCUAUCCGCCCUGCUUCCUCUCUAUCCGCCCUCCUUCCUCUCUAUCCGCCCUUCUUCCUCUCUAUCCGCCCUUCUUCUUCCCUAUCCGCCCUUCUUCCCUUCAAUCCGCCCUUCUUCCUAUCAAUCCGCCCUUCUUCCUAUCAAUCCGCCCUUCUUCCUCUCUAUCCGCCCUUCUUCCUCUCUAUCCGCCCUUCUUCCUCUCUAUCCGCCCUUCUUCCUCUCUAUCCGCCCUUCUUCCUCUCUAUCCGCCCUUCUUCCUCCCUAUCCGCCCUUCUUCCUCCCUAUCCGCCCUUCUUCCUCCCUAUCCGCCCUUCUUCCUCGCUAUCCGCCCUUCUUCCUCGCUAUCCGCCCUUCUUCCUCCCUAUCCGCCCUUCUUCCUCCCUAUCCGCCCUCCUUCCUAUCAAUCCGCCCUCCUUCCUCUCUAUCCGCCCUCCUUCCUCUCUAUCCGCCCUUCUUCCUCUCUAUCCGCCCUUCUUCCUCUCUAUCCGCCCUUCUUCCUCUCUAUCUGCCCUUCUUCUCUAUCCGCCCUUCUUCCUCUCUAUCCGCCCUUCUUCCUCUCUAUCUGCCCUUCUUCCUAUCAAUCCGCCCUCCUUCCUCUCUAUCCGCCCUUCUUCCUCUCUAUCCGCCCUUCUUCCUCUCUAUCUGCCCUUCGUCCUCUCUAUCCGCCCUUCUUCCUCUCUAUCCGCCCUUCGUCCUCUCUAUCCGCCCUUUUUCCUCUCUAUCCGCCCUUCGUCCUCUCUAUCCGCCCUUCUUCCUCUCUAUCCGCCCUCCUUCCUCUCAAUCCGCCCUUCUUCCUCUCUAUCCGCCCUUCUUCCUCUCUAUCCGCCCUUCUUCCUCUCUAUCCGCCCUUCUUCCUCUCUAUCCGCCCUUCGUCCUCUCUAUCCGCCCUUCUUCCUCUCUAUCCGCCCUUUUUCCUCUCUAUCCGCCCUUCGUCCUCUCUAUCCGCCCUUCUUCCUCUCUAUCCGCCCUUCGUCCUCUCUAUCCGCCCUUCUUCCUCUCUAUCUGCCCUUCGUCCUCUCUAUCCGCCCUUCUUCCUCUCUUUCCGCCCUUCUUCCUCUCUAUCCGCCCUUCUUCCUCUCUAUCCGCCCUUCUUCCUAUCAAUCCGCCCUCCUUCCUCACUAUCCGCCCUUCUUCUUCUCUAUCCGCCCUUCUUCCUCUCUAUCCGCCCUUCUUCUUCGCUAUCCGCUCUUCUUCCUCUCUAUCCGCCCUUCUUCCUCUCUAUCCGCCCUUCUUCCUAUCAAUCCGCCCUCAUUCCUCUCUAUCAGCCCUUCUUCCUCUCUAUCCGCCAUUCUUCCUCUCUAUCCGCCCUUCUUCUUCUCUAUCCGCCCUUCUUCCUCUCUAUCCGCCCUUCUUCCUCUCUAUCCGCCCUUCUUCCUCUCUAUCCGCCCUUCUUCCUCUCUAUCUGCCCUUCUUCCUAUCAAUCCGCCCUCCUUCCUCUCUAUCCGCCCUCCUUCCUCUCUAUCCGCCCUUCUUCCUCUCUAUCCGCCCUUCUUCCUCUCUAUCCGCCCUUCUUCCUCCCUAUCCGCCCUUCUUCCUCUCUAUGCGCCUUUCUUCUUCUCUAUCCGCCUUUCUUCUUCUCUAUCCGCCCUCCUUCCUCUCUAUCCGCCCUUCUUCCUCUCUAUCCGCCCUUCUUCCUCUCUAUCCGCCCUUCUUCCUCUCAAUCCGCCCUACUUCCUCUCUAUCCGCCCUGCUUCCUCUCUAUCCGCCCUCCUUCCUCUCUAUCCGCCCUUCUUCCUCUCUAUCCGCCCUUCUUCUUCCCUAUCCGCCCUUCUUCCCUUCAAUCCGCCCUUCUUCCUAUCAAUCCGCCCUUCUUCCUAUCAAUCCGCCCUUCUUCCUCUCUAUCCGCCCUUCUUCCUCUCUAUCCGCCCUUCUUCCUCUCUAUCCGCCCUUCUUCCUCUCUAUCCGCCCUUCUUCCUCUCUAUCCGCCCUUCUUCCUCCCUAUCCGCCCUUCUUCCUCCCUAUCCGCCCUUCUUCCUCCCUAUCCGCCCUUCUUCCUCGCUAUCCGCCCUUCUUCCUCGCUAUCCGCCCUUCUUCCUCCCUAUCCGCCCUUCUUCCUCCCUAUCCGCCCUCCUUCCUAUCAAUCCGCCCUCCUUCCUCUCUAUCCGCCCUCCUUCCUCUCUAUCCGCCCUUCUUCCUCUCUAUCCGCCCUUCUUCCUCUCUAUCCGCCCUUCUUCCUCUCUAUCUGCCCUUCUUCUCUAUCCGCCCUUCUUCCUCUCUAUCCGCCCUUCUUCCUCUCUAUCUGCCCUUCUUCCUAUCAAUCCGCCCUCCUUCCUCUCUAUCCGCCCUUCUUCCUCUCUAUCCGCCCUUCUUCCUCUCUAUCUGCCCUUCGUCCUCUCUAUCCGCCCUUCUUCCUCUCUAUCCGCCCUUCGUCCUCUCUAUCCGCCCUUUUUCCUCUCUAUCCGCCCUUCGUCCUCUCUAUCCGCCCUUCUUCCUCUCUAUCCGCCCUUCGUCCUCUCUUUCCGCCCUUCUUCCUCUCUAUCUGCCCUUCGUCCUCUCUAUCCGCCCUUCUUCCUCUCUUUCCGCCCUUCUUCCUCUCUAUCCGCCCUUCUUCCUCUCUAUCCGCCCUUCUUCCUAUCAAUCCGCCCUCCUUCCUCACUAUCCUCCCUUCUUCUUCUUCUCUAUCCGCCCUUCUUCCUCUCUAUCCGCCCUUCUUCUUCUCUAUCCGCCCUUCUUCGUCUUUAUCCGCCCUUCUUCCUCUCUAUCCGCCCUUCUUCCUCUCUGUCCGCCCUUCUUCCUCUCUAUCCGCCCUUCUUCCUCUCUGUCCGCCCUUCUUCCUCUCUAUCCGCCCUUCUUCCUCUCUAUCCGCCCUUCUUCCUCUCUAUCCGCCCUUCUUCCUCUCUAUCUGCCCUUCGUCCUCUCUAUCCGCCCUUUUUCCUCUCUAUCCGCCCUUCGUCCUCUCUAUCCGCCCUUCUUCCUCUCUAUCCGCCCUUCGUCCUCUCUUUCCGCCCUUCUUCCUCUCUAUCUGCCCUUCGUCCUCUCUAUCCGCCCUUCUUCCUUUCUUUCCGACCUUCGUCCUCUCUAUGCGCCCUUCUUCCUCUCUAUCCGCCCUUCUUCCUAUCAAUCCGCCCUCCUUCCUCUCUAUCCGCCCUUCUUCUUCUUCUCUAUCCGCCCUUCUUCCUCUCUAUCCGCCCUUCUUCUUCUCUAUCCGCCCUUCUUCGUCUUUAUCCGCCCUUCUUCCUCUCUAUCCGCCCUUCUUCCUCUCUGUCCGCCCUUCUUCCUCUCUAUCCGCCCUUCUUCCUCUCUGUCCGCCCUUCUUCCUCUCUAUCCGCCCUUCUUCCUCUCUAUCCGCCCUUCUUCCUCUCUAUCCGCCCUUCUUCCUCUCUAUCCGCCCUUCGUCCUCUCUAUCCGCCCUUCUUCCUCUCUAUCUGCCCUUCGUCCUCUCUAUCCGCCCUUCUUCCUUUCUUUCCGCCCUUCGUCCUCUCUAUCCGCCCUUCUUCCUCUCUAUCCGCCCUUCUUCCUAUCAAUCCGCCCUCCUUCCUCUCUAUCCGCCCUUCUUCUUCUCUAUCCGCCCUUCUUCCUCUCUAUCCGCCCUUCUUCCUCUCUAUCCGCCCUUCUUCCUCUCUAUCCGCCCUUCUUCCUCUCUAUCCGCCCUUCUUCCUCUCUAUCUGCCCUUCUUCCUAUCAAUCCGCCCUCCUUCCUCUCUAUCCGCCCUUCUUCCUCUCUAUCCGCCCUUCUUCCUCUCUAUCCGCCCUUCGUCCUCUCUAUCCGCCCUUCUUCCUCUCUAUCCGCCCUUCGUCCUCUCUAUCCGCCCUUUUUCCUCUCUAUCCGCCCUUCGUCCUCUCUAUCCGCCCUUCUUCCUCUCUAUCCGCCCUUCGUCCUCUCUAUCCGCCCUUCUUCCUCUCUAUCUGCCCUUCGUCCUCUCUAUCCGCCCUUCUUCCUCUCUUUCCGCCCUUCUUCCUCUCUAUCCGCCCUUCUUCCUCUCUAUCCGCCCUUCUUCCUAUCAAUCCGCCCUCCUUCCUCACUAUCCGCCCUUCUUCUUCUCUAUCCGCCCUUCUUCCUCUCUAUCCGCCCUUCUUCUUCUCUAUCCGCUCUUCUUCCUCUCUAUCCGCCCUUCUUCCUCUCUAUCCGCCCUUCUUCCUAUCAAUCCGCCCUCCUUCCUCUCUAUCAGCCCUUCUUCCUCUCUAUCCGCCAUUCUUCCUCUCUAUCCGCCCUUCUUCUUCUCUAUCCGCCCUUCUUCCUCUCUAUCCGCCCUUCUUCCUCUCUAUCCGCCCUUCUUCCUCUCUAUCUGCCCUUCUUCCUAUCAAUCCGCCCUCCUUCCUCUCUAUCCGCCCUCCUUCCUCUCUAUCUGCCCUUCUUCCUCUCUAUCCGCCCUUCUUCCUCUCUAUCCGCCCUUCUUCUUCUCUAUCCUCCCUUCUUCCUCUCUAUCCGCCCUUCUUCUUCUCGAUCCGCCCUUCUUCUUCUCUAUCCGCCCUUCUUCCUCUCUAUCCGCCCUUCUUCCUCUCUAUCUGCCCUUCUUCCUAUUAAUCCGCCCUCCUUCCUCUCUAUCCGCCCUUCUUCCUCUCUAUCCACCCUUCGUCCUCUCUAUCCGCCCUUCUUCCCCUCUAUCCGCCCUUCGUCCUCUCUAUCCGCCCUUUUUCCUCAUUAUCCGCCCUUCGUCCUCUUUAUACGCCCUUCUUCCUCUCUAUCCGCCCUUCGUCCUCUCUAUCCGCCCUUCUUCCUCUCUAUCUGCCCUUCGUCCUCUCUAUCCGCCCUUCUUCCUCUCUUUCCGCCCUUCUUCCUCUCUAUCCGCCCUUCUUCCUCUCUAUCCGCCCUUCUUCCUAUCAAUCCGCCCUCCUUCCUCACUAUCCGCCCUUCUUCUUCUCUAUCCGCCCUUCUUCCUCUCUAUCCGCCCUUCUUCUUCUCUAUCCGCUCUUCUUCCUCUCUAUCCGCCCUUCUUCCUCUCUAUCCGCCCUUCUUCCUAUCAAUCCGCCCUCCUUCCUCUCUAUCAGCCCUUCUUCCUCUCUAUCCGCCAUUCUUCCUCUCUAUCCGCCCUUCUUCUUCUCUAUCCGCCCUUCUUCCUCUCUAUCCGCCCUUCUUCUUCUCUAUCCGCCCUUCUUCGUCUUUAUCCGCCCUUCUUCCUCUCUAUCCGCCCUUCUUCCUCUCUAUCCGCCCUUCUUCCUAUCAAUCCGCCCUCCUUCCUCUCUAUCCGCCCUUCUUCCUCUCUAUCCACCCUUCGUCCUCUCUAUCCGCCCUUCUUCCCCUCUAUCCGCCCUUCGUCCUCUCUAUCCGCCCUUUUUCCUCAUUAUCCGCCCUUCGUCCUCUUUAUACGCCCUUCUUCCUCUCUAUCCGCCCUUCGUCCUCUCUAUCCGCCCUUCUUCCUCUCUAUCUGCCCUUCGUCCUCUCUAUCCGUUCUUCUUCCUCUCUUUCCGCCCUUCUUCCUCUCUAUCCGCCCUUCUUCCUCUCUAUCCACCCUUCUUCCUAUCAAUCCGCCCUCCUUCCUCACUAUCCGCCCUUCUUCUUCUCUAUCCGCCCUUCUUCCUCACUAUCCGCCCUUCUUCCUCACUAUCCGCCCUUCUUCCUCUCUAUCCGCCCUUCUUCUUCUCUAUCCGCUCUUCUUCCUCUCUAUCCGCCCUUCUUCCUCUCUAUCCGCCCUUCUUCCUAUCAAUCCGCCCUCCUUCCUCUCUAUCAGCCCUUCUUCCUCUCUAUCCGCCCUUCUUCUUCUCUAUCCGCCCUUCUUCCUCUCUAUCCACCCUUCUUCUUCUCUAUCCGCCCUUCUUCGUCUUUAUCCGCCCUUCUUCCUCUCUAUCCGCCCUUCUUCCUCUCUAUCCGCCCUUCUUCCUAUCAAUCCGCCCUCCUUCCUCUCUAUCCGCCCUUCUUCCCCUCUAUCCGCCCUUCUUCCUCUCUAUCCGCCCUUCUUCUUCUCUAUCCGCCCUUCUUCCUCUCUAUCCGCCCUUCUUCCUCUCUAUCCGCCCUUCUUCCUCCCUAUCCGCCCUUCUUCCUCCCUAUCCGCCCUUCUUCCUCUCUAUCCGCUCUUCUUCCUCUCUUUCCGCCCUUCUUCCUCUCUAUCCGCCCUUCUUCCUCUCUAUCCGCCCUUCUUCCUCUCUAUCCGCCCUUCUUCCUCUCUAUCUGCCCUUCUUCCUAUCAAUCCGCCCUCCUUCCUCUCUAUCCGCCCUCCUUCCUCUCUAUCCGCCCUCCUUCCUCUCUAUCCGCCCUUCUUCUUCUCUAUCCGCCCUUCUUUGUCUUUAUCCGCCCUUCUUCCUCUCGAUCCGUCCUUCUUCCUCUCUAUCCGCCCUUCUUCCUAUCAAUCCGCCCUCCUUCCUCUCUAUCCGCCCUUCUUCCUCUCUCUCCGCCCUUCUUCCUCUCUAUCCGCCCUUCUUCUUCUCUAUCCGCCCUUCUUCCUCUCUAUCCGCCCUUCUUCUUCUCUAUCCGCCCUUCUUCGUCUUUAUCCGCCCUUCUUCCUCUCUAUCCGCCCUUCUUCCUCUCUAUCUGCCCUUCUUCCUAUCAAUCCGCCCUCCUUCCUCUCUAUCCGCCCUUCUUCCUCUCUAUCCACCCUUCGUCCUCUCUAUCCGCCCUUCUUCCCCUCUAUCCGCCCUUCGUCCUCUCUAUCCGCCCUUUUUCCUCAUUAUCCGCCCUUCGUCCUCUUUAUACGCCCUUCUUCCUCUCUAUCCGCCCUUCGUCCUCUCUAUCCGCCCUUCUUCCUCUCUAUCUGCCCUUCGUCCUCUCUAUCCGCCCUUCUUCCUCUCUUUCCGCCCUUCUUCCUCUCUAUCCGCCCUUCUUCCUCUCUAUCCGCCCUUCUUCCUAUCAAUCCGCCCUCCUUCCUCACUAUCCGCCCUUCUUCUUCUCUAUCCGCCCUUCUUCCUCUCUAUCCGCCCUUCUUCUUCUCUAUCCGCUCUUCUUCCUCUCUAUCCGCCCUUCUUCCUCUCUAUCCGCCCUUCUUCCUAUCAAUCCGCCCUCCUUCCUCUCUAUCAGCCCUUCUUCCUCUCUAUCCGCCAUUCUUCCUCUCUAUCCGCCCUUCUUCUUCUCUAUCCGCCCUUCUUCCUCUCUAUCCGCCCUUCUUCUUCUCUAUCCGCCCUUCUUCGUCUUUAUCCGCCCUUCUUCCUCUCUAUCCGCCCUUCUUCCUCUCUAUCCGCCCUUCUUCCUAUCAAUCCGCCCUCCUUCCUCUCUAUCCGCCCGUCUUCCUCUCUAUCCGCCCUUCUUCCUCUCUAUCCGCCCUUCUUCUUCUCUAUCCGCCCUUCUUCCUCUCUAUCCGCCCUUCUUCCUUUCUAUCCGCCCUUCUUCCUCCCUAUCCGCCCUUCUUCCUCCCUAUCCGCCCUUCUUCCUCUCUAUCCGCUCUUCUUCCUCUCUUUCCGCCCUUCUUCCUCUCUAUCCGCCCUUCUUCCUCUCUAUCCGCCCUUCUUCCUCUCUAUCCGCCCUUCUUCCUCUCUAUCUGCCCUUCUUCCUAUCAAUCCGCCCUCCUUCCUCUCUAUCCGCCCUCCUUCCUCUCUAUCCGCCCUCCUUCCUCUCUAUCCGCCCUUCUUCUUCUCUAUCCGCCCUUCUUCGUCUUUAUCCGCCCUUCUUCCUCUCGAUCCGUCCUUCUUCCUCUCUAUCCGCCCUUCUUCCUAUCAAUCCGCCCUCCUUCCUCUCUAUCCGCCCUUCUUCCUCUCUCUCCGCCCUUCUUCCUCUCUAUCCGCCCUUCUUCUUCUCUAUCCGCCCUUCUUCCUCUCUAUCCGCCCUUCUUCCUCUCUAUCCGCCCUUCUUCCUCCCUAUCCGCCCUUCUUCCUCCCUAUCCGCCCUUCUUCCUCUCUAUCUGCCCUUCUUCCUCUCUUUCCGCCCUUCUUCCUCUCUAUCCGCCCUUCUUCCUCUCUAUCCGCCCUUCUUCCUCUCUAUCCGCCCUUCUUCCUCUCUAUCUGCCCUUCUUCCUAUCAAUCCGCCCUCCUUCCUCUCUAUCCGCCCUCCUUCCUCUCUAUCCGCCCUUCUUCCUCUCUAUCCGCCCUUCUUCCUCUCUAUCCGCCCUUCUUCUUCCCUAUCCGCCCUUCUUCCUAUCAAUCUGCCCUUCUUCUUCUCUAUCCGCCCUUCUUCCUCUCUAUCCGCCCUUCUUCUUCUCUAUCCGCCCUUCUUCCUCUUUAUCCGCCCUUCUUCCUCUCUAUCCGCCCUUCUUCCUCUCUAUCCGCCCUUCUUCCUCUCUAUCCGCCCUUAGUCCUCUCUAUCCGCCCUUCUUCCUCUCUAUCCGCCCUUCUUCCUCUCUUUCCGCCCUUCUUCCUCUCUAUCCGCCCUUUUUCCUAUCAAUCCGCCCUCCUUCCUCUCUAUCCGCCCUUCUUCUUCUCUAUCCGCCCUUCUUCCCCUCUAUCCGCCCUUCUUCCUCUCUAUCCGCCCUUCUUCCUCUCUAUCCGCCCUUCUUCCUCUCUAUCCGCCUUUCUGCCUAG